CACACGGCACAGCCCUGGGGCACGGGCCAGGCGCUGGCAGCUGGCACGAGGGGGCACACAAGGAAGGGGCCAUAGCGUCCCUUGGGAGAGGCGGGCUGGGUCGCCUCUGCGCCUGCUGUGCACUUCCCGGGGCUGGUGCCUGUUGGACUUUGCUUGGGGAGCCGUGGCAGUGGGGAGGGCCGCGGGUCCCUCUGGAGGAAUGCGCCCAGCCUGUGGCACCAUGGCUGUGCCCAGGCUAGCUCCCGGUGGGGCAGACACUGGGUGUGGCUCCACCCUGGAGCCAUGCCAGCACCUCUGCCAUGGGGCAUCCCUAAGCGGGGCAAACAGCGGUGCUGUGGGCCUCAUGCAGCCGUGCCAGUGUUGGGUGCCCAUCCUGCUGUGCCGCCCUGCAAGCGGCGGCAGGCGCGUUCUUGCCGUGCUGUGCCGGGAGCCCUGGGAACGCGGCGCCGCUGGCUCACCAACCCACGAGGUGCCCUUUUGUUCACCGGUGGAGCCGCCGUGCUGCCCGCGGGCCGGGGCGUGCCAGCGCUGCCGACGCCUGGCUGGUCUGGCUUCCGCGGGCAGGCAGGCAGUGGGGGCCUCCAGGCAGAAGGAAUCGGCAGUGACAUUCCCGUAGCCUGGAGACCGCCGUCCCUUUCAGCGGGCAGUCCAUUUGAAUAAGAAUCGUGCGCGGGGAAGGGGGGCCGCCGGCCGCCGCCAUCCCAUUGCCGCCCUCGCCCCGGCUCAUUUCUGCACACCCAGCCUGGGGGGCAGUGGGUCCUACGCCGCCCUCACCCUUGGCCUUGGCCCCGCUGGACGCUGCAGGACGCCAGGCAGAGCCCCUGGCUGCCCAUGGACCUCCUGGCACUUGCUCUCCUACUGGCAGGGCUGCUGGUGACGGGGGCCUGGCAGGAGCCUGACCCGAGUCACGGCUGCGCCCGCGGCAGCUGCUACCCGGCCACCGGGAACCUGCUGGUGGGACGAGCCCCCCGCCUGAGUGCCACCUCCACCUGCGGACUGGCUGGGCCCCAGGAGUUCUGCAUUGUCAGCCACCUCCAGGACUCGGAGAAAUGCUUCACCUGCGACUCGCGGGAUCCAUCCCUGCCUGAAAGCCACCGCAUCGAGAAUGUCAUCUACCUGAGCGGCCCCCACGGCCAGCGGACCUGGUGGCAGUCAGAGAACGGCGUGGAGCACGUCAGCAUCCGCCUGGACCUGGAGGGCGAGUUCCACUUCACCCACCUCAUCAUGAAGUUCAAGACCUUCCGCCCUGCCGCCAUGCUGGUGGAGCGCUCAGCCGAUUUCGGACACAGCUGGAAGGUCUAUCGCUACUUCGCCUACAACUGCUCCAAGCUCUUCCCCGGUGUCCCUAGCCAGCCCUCGGGCUUGGUGGACGAGGUGCUGUGUGACCAGCGCUACUCUGAGAUCGAGCCCUCCAGCCACGGGGAGGUCAUCUUCAAGGUGCUGGAUCCCUCCAUCCCUGUGGCAGAUCCGUACAGCCCAGACAUCCAGGACCUGCUGCGUGUCACCAACCUGCGGGUGAACCUCACCAAGCUGCACACGCUGGGGGACAACCUGCUGGACACACGGCAGGAGGUGCUGCACAAGUACUACUACGCUGUGGAUGAGCUGGUGCUGCGUGGGAGCUGCUUCUGCCAUGGCCAUGCUGCCCACUGCGCCCCGGCACCCGGCGCCCCAACCUCCUCCAUCCCCAGCAUGAUCCAUGGGCGCUGCGUCUGCGAGCACAACACACAGGGGCUGAACUGCGAGCGCUGCCAGGACUUCUACCACGACCUGCCCUGGCGCCCGGCCGAGGGCUCCAGCACCAACGCCUGCCGCCGCUGUGACUGCAAUGAACACUCACAGCGGUGCCACUUCGACAUGGCCGUCUACCUGGCCACGGGCAACACCAGUGGGUCUGUGUGCGAUGGCUGCCAGCACAACACCAUGGGCCGCCGCUGCCACCUCUGCAAGCCCUUCUACUACCGGCACCCCCGCUCUGACAUCCGCUCCCCCACCGCCUGUGCCCCAUGUGACUGUGACCCAGCGGGCUCGCUGGAUGGAGGUGCCUGCGAUGGGCACACGGACGUGGCGCUGGGCAUGAUCGCGGGGCAGUGCCGCUGCAAGGAGAAUGUGGCCGGUCCCCGCUGUGACCGGUGCCGGCACGGUGCCUAUGGCCUCAGCCACGGCGACCCACAGGGCUGCCAGCCAUGCAGAUGUGACCCGCGGGGCACGGUGGCCGGCAGCUCCCCCUGCGACCCCAUCAGUGGGGACUGCUACUGCAAGCGCUUCGUGGCCGGGCGCUCCUGCAGCCAGUGCGUGCCUGAGUUCUGGGGCCUGAGCUACGAUGUGGGGGGCUGCCGGCCCUGCGCCUGUGACUUCGGGGGAGCCUACAGCAACCGGUGCUCCAUGGAGGAUGGGGCUUGUCCCUGCCGUCCUCACCUGAUGGGGCGGCAGUGUGACCAAGUACAGCCCGGCUUCUUCUGCGCCCCCCUUGACUACUACACCUACGAGGCCGAGCAGGCCACCAGCCAUGGCCACGGUCACCCUCAGCUCCCAGGUGCCAUCCGAGCCGAGGUGCCCCAGGACUGCCUGGAGUACGACCCGGGGGAGCCAGGGGGACGGAAGGGACGCCCGCGGCACCAGCGCAGCCCCCCUCGCACCCCCCAGCCCCGCAGCCCCUCACGUCGUAGCCGCCAGCAGCCCCCCAAGCCGGACGUGGAGGAGGUGGUGCGGGAUGGCACCGGGCACAUGGUGACAUGGACAGGCUCGGGGUUUGCCCGGGUACGUGAUGGGGCUGGCCUGACCUUCCGUGUGGACAACGUGCCGUACCCCAUGGACUACGAGCUGCUGCUGCGCUAUGAGCCUGAGUCAGCCGAGGACUGGGAGGCCGUGGUCAGCGUCAGCUCCCAGGUGCUGCCCACCAGCCCUCGCUGUGGGAACCUGCUGCCCUCUGAGCAGAUGUACCGGGAGAGCCUGCCCCACAGCCAGAGGUACGUGGUGCUGUCCCGGCCCUUCUGCUUUGAGCCAAGCACCCCCUAUGAGGUGACCGUGAGGCUUCAACGGGCUGGUGUCACCCAGCGCCACCCCAGUGCCUUCAUCCUCAUAGACUCGCUGGUGCUCCUGCCACGGGUGUUGGAGCUACCAGGCUUCCACGGGGCAGAGGGAGCAGCUCGCCGGGAGGAGCUGGAGCGGUACCGGUGCCUGGAGGCAUUUCGCAUGGCCCCCCCGUCCCCCCUGGCCCAGGCCUGUGCCCGCCUGGUCUGCAGUGUCUCGGCACUGCUGCACGGCGGGGCCCUGUCCUGCCAGUGCGACCCUCAGGGCUCCCGCAGCAGCGAGUGCCAGGUGCAGGGAGGGCAGUGCCAGUGCAAGCCCCAUGUCAUCGGCCGCCGCUGCGACCACUGUGCCCCCGGCAGCUACGGCUUUGGGCCCCUGGGCUGCAGCUCCUGUGCCUGCUCCCCGGAGGGCUCGGUGUCCCAGCUGUGUGACGCGGUGAGCGGGCAGUGCCGGUGCCAGCCUGGUGCCGUGGGCCGGCAGUGUGAUCAGUGCCAGCCCGGCCACUGGGGCUUCCCUGCCUGCCGGCCCUGCCAGUGCAAUGGGCACAGUGAGGAGUGUGACCCCCGGACGGGCAGCUGCCUGCACUGCCGCGACCACACCACUGGCCGGCACUGCGAGAGGUGCCAGGACGGUUACUAUGGGGACCCAGUGCUGGGCUCGGGGCAGCAGUGCCGGCCCUGCCCCUGUCCCGGCUACCCCGGCACACGGCACUACCAUGGCAGCGCCUGCCAUGCUGACGAGGAGACCCACCACAUUGUCUGCCUCUGUGCGCCUGGAUACACUGGACCCCGCUGUGACCGCUGCUCCCCUGGCUACUUCGGGGUGCCGGAGAUGGAGGGGGGAGCAUGCCGUCCCUGCCAGUGCAACAACAAUAUUGAUGCCAGUGAUCCAGGGGCCUGUGACCCCCACACGGGGCACUGCCUGCGCUGCCUGUACCACACUGCUGGGCCCCGCUGUGCCCACUGCCAGCCUGGCUACUAUGGCAAUGCCCUGCAGCGUGGCUGCCGGCGCUGCGGCUGUGACCCGCAGGGCACCCUGGCCUCCCACUGCACUGCCGGCACCUGUGCCUGCGACCGCAGCACCGGGACCUGCGCCUGCCGGCCCAACGUGCUGGGCAAGAGCUGCGACCGCUGCGCACCCCACUUCUGGAGCCUGGGGGGGCUGGGGGGCUGCGAGCCCUGUGGUUGCCACCCCACACGCGCCCUGCACCCCUCCUGUGAUGCGGUGACGGGGCAGUGCCAGUGCCGGCCCGGCUUUGGGGGCCGCGUCUGCUCCCAGUGCCAGGAGCAUCACUGGGGAGACCCCGAGCGGGAGUGCAGAGCAUGUGAGUGUGAGCCACUGGGCGCGGAGAGCCUGCAGUGCGAGCCAGCCAGCGGGCAGUGCCAGUGCCGGCCGGGCUUUGGGGGGCUGCGCUGUGACCGCUGCCAGCGGGGCUACCAGGAGCCCUUUCCCCACUGCUUGCCCUGCCACCCCUGCUUUGGGCGCUGGGACCUGGCCCUGGGCAGCCUCCGGGACGGGCUGCGGCGCCUGGGGGCACAGGCACGGGCGCUACGGGAGGGGGGAGCUGCACCCCAGCUCAGCCCCCACCGCCUGCGGGAGCUGGAGGAGGCCCUGGGGCUCGUGGAGCAGCUGCUGGCGCAGGGGGUCAGCCCUGGUGGCCCCCUCCUCAACGAGCUGCCCCGGCAGCUGGACAGCACCAGGAUGGAGCUGGAUGACUUCUGGAAGCAGCUCCAAGAGCUGGAACAACAUCUGGAUCAGCUGUCACAGGCAGAUGUGCGGCACCGCGACCGGCUAGCCGGGCUGACCCGUGAUCUGGGGGCUCUCAAUCGAACCACCUCCCACCUCCAAAUCCUCCUCGGCACUGUGGCAGCAGCUGGAUUUGAUGAGUCGUACAGCAGCAUCCUGGCGUCGGCAGAGAACUCGCGGCAGGCAGAGGCGGUGGCCAAUGGCACGGUCAGCCAGCUGAACAGGGCACAGGCCACACGGCAGGCUACUGAGAAGAUGCUGCGGCAACGGGGUGAUGCUUUCCGCCGUGGCACAGCUGCAGCACGGAAAUCCUUGCGGGAGGCACAGAAACGGGUGAUGGGACUCAGUGUCACUGGGAUCAAUGAGAAGAUUUGUGGGGUGCCUGGAGACCAGAGCUGCAAGGAAGCGCCUUGUGGAGGAGCCUUGUGCCAGGACGGUGUGGGGACACGGCGCUGUGGUGGCACAGGGUGUGCAGGGGCACUGCCCAUCUCGGUUCAAGCCCUGAGCAGCGCCCGUAACGCCUCACUGCAGCUGGAGGUGGCCUUGGGGCAGCUGGGGGUUGUGGCGCAGAAGACACAGGAGGUGCAGGAGCUGGCGCAGGGGGCGCGGAGCCGGGCAGAGGAGGUGCUGGGGCGGUCACAGGCCGCCCGCAGCCGCUCGGAGAAGGCGACGGCUCAGCUGCGGGACUUCAUCCGCCGAAUCAAGGCUUUCCUGGCAGAGGAGGGAGCUGACCCGGGCAGCAUCGAGCUGGUGGCUCGGCAGGUGCUGAAUAUCUCCCUGCCCAGCAGUCCCCAGCGGAUCCAGGAGCUGCUGCAGGAGAUGCAGGAGAGCAUCAGCCAGCUGGAGGGGGUGGACGCGGUGCUCAACAGCACCAAGCAGGGGCUGGCCAUGGCGCGGGGGCUGCUGGUGCAGGGACAGAACGCCAGGGAGCGAGCGGAGGGCGUGAGGGAUGAGCUGGCGGGGACACAGCGAGCGCUGGAGACGGCGCGGGCACAGGUGACGGCAGCGGGGAGUGCCCUGCGGAGUGCCAGGGAUGCCAUCCAGGUGACCGAAAGCAGAGCCAAGGAGGCAGAGCGCAGGCUGCAGGCACUGGAAGGGAAGGAGUCACGGGCGCAGCGGCGGCUGCGGGAGCUGGCACAGCGCGUCACUGCUCUGCGGGAGCGGGGCCGGGACACUCGCCGCAUGGCCCAACAAGCCAAGGAUGGGGCACAGCGUGCCACUGCCGCCUCGGGGACACUCAGCCAGGACCUGGCACAGGUGACGCAGCGCUACGUGGUGCUGAAGGGUCGAGUGAGCGGGCUUGCUGGGGUGUCCAGCGGGGCCCUGCAGCGUGUGACACAGCUGACAGCAGAGGCCCAGGACCUUCUGGACAAGGCCAGCAGCAGCAAGAGGAAGCUGGAAGAGCUGGAGCAGCACUUCGGGGCCAACGAGCGGGCAAUGGCGGCGAAGGCGACGCGACUGCAGGCGUUGGAGCAGCGGGUCUGGGGGCUGCUGGAGGAGAUCCGGGAGAGGGCCAACGCUUAUGCCACCUGCUAGGGACCAGCGGCGGGACCGGGGGCUGGAAUCCGGUCCUGCCCCGCAGCCCUCCCCGGUUCCCGCAACCCGGGGGUGCCAUCCCUUCCGCGGGUUCCUGUAGCACGGCCGCGCUUGCAAAUAAAGCCCUGAACAGCG